GGCAUGACACGCACUGCCUGCGUCUUCGUGUCCUGUAUAGCUUCUCUAGGUAUUUACAUUCAUAUUUAAAGGAGACAAUUCUGCAGAAAUCUCGGGAAGUGGUGUGAAACGUAUUUUAGAGGCACAGGUUAAGAAAUACCAGAACAAUGGCAUUGGUGCCCUAUGAGGAGAGCGGCAUUCAUAGCCUGAGGAAGUUUCACAACGCUAAUGCUACUUACAACUUUGUAAAUCACACCAUACGGAUCAGACAGGAAUGGAAGCAGCUUGGAGUAGCGGCAGUUGUGUGGGAUGCUGCUGUUGUUCUUUGCAUGUAUUUGGAAUCGGGAGCUGUUGACCUUCAGGAUCGCUCAGUGAUUGAGCUUGGUGCAGGGACAGGCUUAGUUGGAAUAGUGGCUGCAUUGUUAGGUUCUCAAGUUACAAUUACAGACAGAGAGAUGACAAUGGAAUUUCUCAAGUCUAAUGUUAGAGAUAAUGUUCCCUCUGAUUUUCUUGAUAAAGUAUCUGUUAAGUCGUUGACAUGGGGCCAAUCAUUAGAAAACUUUUCCACCUAUGAUUUGAUAGUGGGUGCUGAUGUCAUUUAUUUGGAGGAGACAUUUCAUGAUCUGCUAAAGACUCUUCUGCACCUGAGUUCUGAUAACACAGUGGUCCUGUUGUCCUGCCGCCUCCGUUAUCAGAGAGACCAAAAUUUCAUGGAUAUGAUGAAGGAACAUUUCACUGUGAAAGAGGUGCAUUAUGACAAGAAUACUGAUGUACAUAUAUUUAAAGCUCAUAAGAAAGCUUUUAAGAAUGACCUUUAAACUGUGCCAUUGUUUUUGCUAAGUUUAUACCAGUAGCUUCAGCAAGACAAACUGGAAACGCUAAACUUGUGUCAAGAAAAUGCACAUCAAUGAAUCUUAAAGCAACUCUGCCUCCUAAUAAGAACUGAUGUGACUAAAGAGUGCCAAGCCUUUUUUCUGGAUGAUGGUUUUUGUUUUUACAUCUCAUUAACUAUGUUAAGUUAUAAGAGAACAAUAUUUUCAUAAUAAAAUUAAUUUAAGUAAUAUGACUUUAAAAGGACAUGGAAUUGAAUACUAUGGAGUUUGCUCUAGGGCUUUAUUACCUGAUUUCAAAUGUAUAGUAUGGGCAAUUAGUGUUUGAAAGUAUGCAGCAUUUUACAAUUGAGGUGUUAGUCUAUAUUCUUUUUUAUACACUUGUAUAUUUUAAACACCUAUAUGCAUUAUUGUCAAAAUGAAACAUUUUUUUAAAAGUAUGAAAAGCAUGUUUGUCAUAUGACCACUGAAUUACAAACAAAUAAAGUACCCCAAAACCCCA